AUGGCUUUUCUCUUUAGACGAGAAGUCAAUGCAGUUUACCAAGAGGACUUACAGUGUCCAAUUUGUCUUGAAGACUUUAGUGAACCUAAAUUAUUACCAUGUCUACACAGUCUUUGUACUGCUUGUAURGAAGAGCUUGCCAGCUCAUUAAGCGAAAGUCGAUCCAUCAGUUGUCCGUUAUGUAGAGCAGAAUGUAAAAUACCCAACGGAGGUGCCAAGAAAUUACCCUCAAACACUAAACUCGAAAAGUUAUUGAAAGACGCUCCGACAACGAGAGCUAAGGAGGAGAUAAAGGAAGCCAUUAACGACUGUGAAGAAAACUUAGCAACAAUUAAAGGCAUAGAAAAACGGGUAAAUCGAGCAUUUUAUCAAGAAGGCGAGGAAGUAAAACGUCGAAUCCACGAAGUGUGUAGGAAUAUAGUUGACAUGAUAGGACAACAGGAGAAACAGCUAUGUAAAGAUGUCGACAAUCUCAUCAUUAACCAACAAACCACRCAUCCAGCAGCUCUUCUCAUCGACAAGACUGGUAAACUUAUUCAAGACAUUAACGAUGUUCUAAAACACAAUGAAUCUAGAAGUUUUGUUCGAGAUAAGGAUGUUUUUAUUCACCACUUGAGUGAAGCUAAAAUCGCGGCUUCCAAACUUAGUCAUAUUUACCGUGACGUGCCAAUGAAGACUUCCACUUUGGAGUUCCAGCGAAACCGGCAAAUGAUGCAAUGCAUGACCAGCUCCUUAUUUGGCAGUAUUACUUACAAGAACACAACUCGGAAGCCGACAAAAUCAACUAUGGUAAAUAAAGGACUUGUAUCUGACUUGCAUAUCAUAAAACCAGGGACAAGGUUUCGCAGUCUUCAAGUUCCUUCAUCACUAGAAUCAAAGUUUCAACCGUAUGCUAUCGCUGGGAAUCAUCAAGGAAAGAUCGCAGUGUCUUGCCAUGGUACUCACUCUGUUUUACUUUACAAGGAGAAUGGAGAAUUCUCUCAGCUGAUAGUCAUUUUAUUUUUAAUACAUAGUUCUAUUGACUUACCGUUCUUAGGUCGUCGUGGAUCUGGUAAAGGAGAGUUUGAAUGUCCAACGGGUUUGGCUUUCCUAAGUUCUCAUAUCCUGGCCAUAGCUGAUGGCUGUCUGUUUGGAAAUCCAUCUCGAUUACAGGCUUUUGAUUCUUCAGGUCGGUUUGUUCGCUGCCUCACUCAACUAAACAAGAACACUCAUUGGCUGACACAUAUCACGGUACAAGCAAAUCAGCAGAUUAUCAUUACAUGUAYUCACGUUGCUAUGGAAUACGAGUCAUAUGUACAGAUUGUUAACACAGAUGGAACAGUGGCUUUAGCAUUUGGAGCAACAGGACCAGGAAAGUUACUCUCUCCUGUAAAAACGAUCAGUGUAAAUAAUGAGUACUUCGUAUCAGACUAUGAUAAAUCAACGAAUUGUUGUAUGAUCAAAGUCUUUGAUGACAAAGGUCGAUAUCUACGUUCAUUUGGAGAUUGCAUGCUUAAAAGGGACAUCAAAGACAAUCCAUCUUACCCUCUAGUUAUUACUGACGAUCCAUGUACAGGACUGAUUCUUGCUUACAGCGGUUUAUUCAAAGUCAUUCGUUGUUAUAAGCCCGAUGGAAGUCUAGUUUCGUAUCAUGGGACUGUAUCUGGUAUAAUCGACAUGGUACUUACUCAAGACAGAAGACUCUUCGUCGUCUGUGAUGGGACUGGAGAGUUUCCACACAGUGUACAAAUUCUCUUUCACACUUAAGACCGCAAGAGGAAUUAUUCAAAAGCACACUCCUUACACCCUCUCAACACAUCUACUUCAACUGUCGUAAACUACUAGUACACUACAUUUACCCCAUGCAUAACCAACCAAUAUGCCCCGAUACCAACAAAAACCAAUUACCUUAGCUCUGAACACAUCUACUAAAUCAACUGCACUACCACUACCGUGUUGUGGCUCAAUACUCUGUCAGUCAGUUCGCAUAACAACUUUUCAACCUCAUAAUAUUUAUUUCUGAUAAGUAUUUAAGAUCAAAUAAAGAUAUUAUUUCCGAGUACUA